AUGGCCACUACGACGGGAACUGAAGGAGCAGGAUCCGGAUCCACCGGUGCGGGUGCCGGAUUAGCUGCUGGUGCGAGUACGGGAUCGGUUGCCGGUGCCGGCGGCGGAGCAGGAGCCGCUCAUGGUGUUUUUCCAUUUGCUGGUAUGCAGUCCUCGUUCAUCAUCGACCCGUUCGACCGUCACAAAAUGAAAUGGUCGAGAUGGGUGGAGCGGCUGGAGGGGGCGUUCAACUUGUUUGAUGUGCAACCGGAUACCAGACUGUUUCUGCUGCUGCACUUUAUGGGCGGAGAAACGUAUGACAUUCUGUGCGACAAAUUGGCACCCGAGAAACCCCAACAACGAACGUAUGCUGAUAUUGUUGCUGCGCUGGAGGAUCAUUUCAAUCCGGAGCCGCUUGAAAUUCUGGAAAACUUCAGAUUCAAGUGCCGGCGCCAAGGGGAUGACCGUCCAGAUGAAUCCAUCGACGAGUACCUGAUCGCCCUACGGAAGCUAGCCAUCACGUGCAAGUUUGGCGAUUACCUCAACACGGCGUUACGCAACCAAUUCGUUUUUGGACUCAAGGACCGGGCCAUCCAAGCUCGUUUGUUGGAAGUACGGAACCUGACUUUGACCCGGGCUCGAGACAUGGCGGUUUCCAUGGAACUAUCUUCUAAGGGAGGAAGAGAGAUCCAAUCCAAGCAGGACCGACCGGACGUCAACUUGGUCGAUCGUCAGAGGAGCUACAAAGUGCAGGUAAAGGGUGCAAAGAGAAAUAAGACAAAUAAAGAUACGGGUGCUGGGAAAACCGGGGAAUCGAAGGGUGAAUGCUACCGAUGUGGUAGCCCUACACAUUUCGCCAAUAAGUGUCCACAUAUACAUACCGUCUGUAACUUUUGCAAAGUGGUUGGACACCUACAGAGAGUGUGCCUAAAGGCGAAGAAAACCGUAAGGAGUGCCAAAUCUUCUGCGCAUUUGUUGGAGGAGGAUUCCACGGCGGAUUCGAACAAGAACGAGGUCGUUACGCUGGAGGAAUUGUGCAAGCUGGAUGCAGUUGCCGAGCCCCUCGGUUCCAAGUUCUGGCUGGACGUCAAGGUGGACGGAAAGGAGGUACGCUUCGAAGUUGAUACGGGAGCUCCUGUUUCGAUCAUCAACGUAGAUGACCACCGGAGAUUCUUCGGCGGCAAGAAGCUGCGCCCGCCGAAUAUGGAGCUCGUUAGUUUCUGCAAUACGAACAUCGGUAUUGAGGGAAUGCUGGACGUUGCUGUGGAAUACGGGGCUGAACGAGUGUCACUACCUUUGUACGUUACAAGCAUGAGGAAACACCCACUGCUGGGCCGUCAAUGGAUGCGAAGGCUGCGGAUUGAUCUUAACGACGUGGCCUAUUCGGUUGUUCAUGCGUUUGCUGCUGCUGCUGUUCCGGUUCCGGGAAGGGUAACUACCAAACUGCCGAAGGUUCCUGCAACGAUUGCUGCUGCUACAACGGUUCCGGAGCGUGUUCCUGUUGAACUACCGAAAGUUUCUACUGCUGAUGUCAAAGCGCUGGUACAGAGGUACGCGAAUCUCUACGACGACUCUAUCGGGAAGAUUAGAGAUUUGUCUGCGAAGCUACGCCUGCAGCCGGAUGCCGUUCCAGUUUACAUCAAGGCGCGACCGGUGCCGUUUUCUCUUCGUGGUGCUGUUGAACAGGAGUUGGAAAAGCUGGUGAAGGAUGGUGUCCUAGAAAAGGUCAACCACAGUGCGUGGGCCACGCCCGUAGUGCCGGUGAUGAAGGCCAACAAUCGGGUAAGAUUGUGUGGCGACUAUAAAAUCACAGUCAACCCAAACUUGGUCGUCGACGAACACCCGCUGCCUACUAUGGAGGAACUAUUUGCCAACGUUGCCGGAGGAGAUAAAUUUUCAAAGAUUGACCUAACUCAAGCCUAUCUACAGCUUGAAGUUGAGGAAGAAGAUCGUGAGGUAUUGACUCUGAGUACGCAUAAGGGUCUGUACCGGCCAACGCGAUUGAUGUACGGAGUCGCGUCUGCGCCAGCGAUAUGGCAACGGUUGAUGGAGGAGAUCUUGAGCGGAAUACCGGGCGUUACUGUAUUUCUCGAUGAUAUUCGUGUUACGGGCCCCAAUGAUCAAGAGCAUCUACGCCGACUGACGGAGGUACUGAAGCGCCUCAGUACUUACAAUAUGCGAAUCAAUAUCGACAAGUGCCAGUUUUUCACCGACGAAAUAGAAUACUGCGGAUACCGAAUCGACAAAACCGGUAUUCAUAAGGUCCGUUCAAAGGUUGAGGCAGUUCAAAACAUGCCAACACCUGCGAACAAAGACCAAGUACGGUCAUUCGUUGGGUUAAUCAAUUACUACGGGAGGUUCUUUCCCAACCUCAGUACGACACUGUACCCGUUAAACAACUUGCUCAAAAAUGCUGUUCCAUUCGUUUGGUCGAAGCAGUGUCAAGCGGCAUUCGACAGCGUGAAGCAGGAGAUGCAGUCAGACAGGUUUCUUGUACACUACAACCCAUCGCUACCAUUGGUCCUGGCAACUGACGCGUCACCGUACGGGGUCGGCGCUGUAUUGAGCCACGUUUAUGCUGAUGGCUCGGAGCGACCAAUAUCGUAUGCUUCACAAACGUUGAACGCAACACAACAGGCGUACAAGCAGGUUGACUGGGAGGCAUACGCGAUAAUUUUCGGAGUCCGGCGAUUCUACCAAUACCUGUACGGCAGACGGUUCAUUCUGGUCACGGACAAUGAACCCCUGAAGCAAAUCCUGUCGGACACGAAGGGCCUUCCGAAAAUGUCAGCGCUAAGAAUGCAACACUAUGCGAUAUUCUUGCAAUCGUUCGACUACAGCAUCCAAUUCAGACCAACGAAACAACACGGGAAUGCCGAUGCGUUUUCGAGACUACCGCUGAAGGAGAAAGUACCGGACAACGUUAUCGAAGAGACGGACAUGCUAGAGGUGAACAUGAUCGAGACUUUGCCGAUAACUGUUGAAGAGCUCGCGAAGGCCACCGCCGCCGAUCAUACCGUGAAGGCGUUGCUGGAAGGUUUACGAACUGAAAGAAGUAUUGAGCCGGGUCACCGUUUUGGAGUUGAUCAGUCGGAGUUCACCGUACAGAAAGGAUGUAUUCUGCGCGGGAUCAGAGUGUACGUUCCCUCGAGUCUGCGAAAUAGAGUCCUCAGCGAACUGCACUCAACACAUUUUGGUAUGACAAGACUGAAGUCUCUGGCUCGUGGCUACGUGUGGUGGCAAGGUAUCGACGGCCAGAUUGAGGAGAUGGUGCGAAACUGCAGUUGCUGCCAAUCGACGAGAGCUGAACCGGCCAAAGCCCCAACUCACUGUUGGCAACAACCGGUGAGACCGUUUGAGCGCAUCCAUGUGGACUUCGCGGGGCCGUUCAUGCAAAGCUACUUCAUUGUGCUGGUAGACGCGUAUACCAAGUGGCCUGUGGUCAAAAUCCUCAAUAACAUCACAACAGCGACUACCAUACAAGUCUGCCGUGAAUACUUCGCUACAUAUGGGAUUCCCUCAGUCUUGGUCUCGGAUCAUGGCGUUCAGUUUACUUCUGAAGCAUUCCAGGACUUCCUUUGGAAGAAUGGCAUCUACCACAAGAUGGGUGCACCAUACCAUCCGUCUACGAAUGGAUUAGCGGAGAGGUUCAUCGGGACAUUCAAGGCCAAGCUCAAGAGUUUGAAGUGCGACAAGGCGAUGCUGCAAGCGGAGCUGUGCAACGUUUUGAUCACCUACAGGAACACCAUUCAUCCAGCAACCGGACAGUCUCCGGCUAUGAUGGUCUACAAUCGUCCGCUGCGGUCUCGUUUGGACUUGAUGAUUCCGAAUCCAGAAACUGCCAGAAAGGAUGUUACAGAGAAAGUACGAAGCAUUCCGAAGGGGGCGAGAGUUGCGGCUAGAGACUACAUUGACAGCGACAAGUGGAAAUACGGAGUCAUUGCUGAAAAACUCGGUAAGCUGCACUACCACGUGCAGUUGGAUGACGGAAGAACAUGGAAAAGGCACAUCGAUCAGCUCAGGGAAGUUGGUUCCAGAUUGGAGAGCACCAGAGUACCGUUGCCGUGUGAGUUACCGAAUAUUCCAGCUGUAGUAUCACCACAAGCAAAGGAUACUGGUCCGAACAUCAGUGCAGGAAACAACGUGUCGAACGAACCAGUAGCAGAACCGGAUUUCCAACCACCAUCAUCGCUGACUGAUAAGACAUCUGCAGGAGUAGAUAACACGAAUCAACCAGUGGCAGUUGUUCCUGGUUCAACCGCUUCUGUCCCGCCGGUUCAGAGAGAUUACCGACAGUCACCGAGAAGAUCCGGUAGGGCAACACGACCGCCUACAAGACUCGAUUUGUGA